AUCUUAAAAUGAAUAAAUAUUUAGCAAUAUUAUUCGCAUUGAUAUAUGUGGCCAAUACAGCCAUUGUAUCGAUACGAGAGACCGACAGUUUUGAUGGCAACAUAUGGGUUGUCCUCUGUGCCGGUGCUAAGGAUUGGUUUAACUAUGAAAUGCAAUCAAGUGUAUAUCACGCGUAUCAUUUUUUCCGUAAUAAUGGUAUACCUGAUGAACGUAUAAUUGUUAUGCAUUUCGAUGAUAUUGCAAACUAUGCAAGAAAUCCAACGCCUGGUGUUAUCAUCAAUGAGCCCAAUGGUACAGAUGUUUAUCACGGGGUACCCAAACACUAUACAGGAGUUGAUGUGACACCAGAGAACUUUUUGGGUGUUAUUAAAGGUGAUAAACAAUUGGAAGCAAAAGGAAAAAAAGUAUUGAAAAGUGGUCCAAAAGAUCAUGUGUUUAUUCAUUUUAAUGACCAUGGAGGAAAUGGUGAAAUAAUGUUUCCAAAGGGAUAUCUAAAAAAUACUCAGUUGAACGAUGCGCUCAAAUAUAUGUAUGAAAAUAAAAUGUUCGCAAAAUUAGUCUUUUAUCUCGAGGCCUGUGAAUCAGGAUCAAUGUUUGAUAAAUUAUUGCCCAACAAUAUUAACGUUUAUGCGGUGACGGCAACAAUGCCCGGGGAGUUGGGUUGGAUGAUGUUCUGCAGAGAUGACUUUGAAUAUUGUUUAGCUGAUCAUUUUACUUAUCAUUGGCUCAAUCACAGUGAGCACAAUGAUCUCGACAAAGUGACACUUCAGCAACAAUAUGACUAUCUUAAGAGUCAAGUGGUGGCCACAGUUAAACCAGGUGUCACUCAUCUGCAACACUCACAACAAUACGGAGACUUAUCUAUUGGCAAAUUACCCGCUUCUCAGUUCAUGGGCAAAGGGAAAACCCGACCAAAUAAUAACAAUAUAGUAAAUAAUGGACAAUAUUCUGGCGGAUCAGUUCUCAUCAAAGAUAUUGCAAUAUAUUCUUUGCAAAUGAAGAUUCAAUUGACUGAUGAUAUUAAUGAAAAAUUAGAAUAUAGUAACGAAUUGAAUCGUUUACUAAGCGGCAGAAAAUUAAUUGACAAACAUUUUGAAGAAUAUGUCAAUACUAUUAGCCAUUUGAUGACUGAUAAAACUGAGUCUAUAUUAAAUACUAGACAAGAGUUAACUAAUAGAAAAUGUUAUCAACAACUUGUAGAUACUUGUCAUGAAAAAUGCUUUAAUCAAAAUCAGAAUCCGUAUGUUUUGACAAAAUUGCAUAUAUUUGUGAAUAUUUGCCAACAAAUGCUAACAUCGGAUGAUGUGGACAUCGAUACUAAUACAGCUGUCAAACAAUUGAUUGAAUACUGUAAUCAAAACGUUGAUCAAAUGACAAAUAUUUUAUAA